AUGCUUCUACCUCUGGUGUCGGCACGUACGACGCGUUUUUAUGCUACUACGCCGACUGAAAAACCUCCUGAACCUUGCGAAUCGCUAAGCUGCGAGAGCUCAGCCGCUGCUGGAACGCGUUCUGGGGGUGUCGAUGAUGGGAGUUCGAGCAGUCGGCGUAAAGGACGUGCUUCAGGAGAUGGAAGCGGCAGUGUCUUCCCCAUCACAAGUUCGCCGAUGCUGGAUGCAGCACUCACCACUAUCGUUGGUCUCGGAAUGGUAUUUCUCGGUGGUGUGGCGUAUCUGGCAUGGUAUAAAAAGAAUGUUUUGGACAAAAUAGAAUUAGCCUUUGCCCCAGGUUAUGACCCCGCACUUGAGCUUGCCAACAACUCUGUCAAAAUACAAAAUCUGGAAACCUCUGAUGAUUCAAAAGAGUUCGGUAGUGACAUUGACAUCCCCUGGACCGAACAUCUACGGCGCCAAGAACAAGACUUGGUAGAUGCCAUCAUCACAGGCGAAGAGACGGGACACUACUACGUGCUCGUUGGCCCCAAAGGCGGAGGGAAAUCCACCAUGGUGUUUGAUGCCAUGCGGGGUAUUCAGGCGGAGGGUGUCGCUUUUCUCGAAGCUCACCCUGACCUCGAAGUUUUCCGUCUGCGCCUUGGCAAGGCGUUAAAUUAUGAAUUCAAUGAGGAUUCUCAAACGGGUUUGUUCCAGCGACGAGAUCCUAGAGAAGCACUUACCAAACUUGAAAAAGUCGCACUGCGUCUUGCACGUCGGAGGGGGCGUCCUUUAAUAUUGGUUAUCAAUAACAUUCAGCACUUUCAUAAUGAUGAAGAAGGACGAAAUAUGCUUCUGCAACUGCAACAACGCGCAGAAGCUUGGGCAGCGGGUGGCAUUUUAACGGUCGUUUUCAACACGGAUGACUCGUGGCCUUUCUUGGCAAUGCGCAAAAGUGCUAGUCGAAUGCACGUCAUUUCUAUACACGACUUGAAUAGCACACAAGCGGAACAAGCACUAACUCAAAUUCGACGUACAGCAAGGAAACCAUUGACGAGUCUGAACGAUCCAAAAGAAGUCGUAUCGCUCCUUGGUGGUCGACUCGCCCUCCUCAAUAGGGCUAGUCGAGCAGAUGACAUGGUACAAUCCGCGCGAGAGAUGCUAAGGUUCGAAAAAGCAUGGCUGCAAAGCCAGAUUGGCCUCAUCCCUGAUUGUGACGAUGACGUUAUGGACGAGCAAAAAUGGAGCUCGUGUUCGUGGCUGUUGUUGCGUGAGUUCGUCAAGUUGCGCCAAGAGCAAGAACUCGCUAGAAAGGAGGCUGGUGACGAUAGCAAUUUGGACCCCAUUGAUCUUCCUUCCAUUCCAUAUGUCGGUAUACGUUGGCGAUGUCGCCAAAUCAUGACACGGCCCGAUUUCCUGGAGGACCUGGAUAGAGUCAACAUAAUAUCCAUCGAUAUCAACUUGGACGUACGCCCAGACUCGAUGCUGAUUCUACAUGCUGCACGUGAAGUUGUAGAGGAAGAUGGUUUUGAAGACCUCUUGGACAACGUACAAAACAGGGUUGAUGCAAUCGAGAGCCUCCAUCGCACCAGGGAGUUGACGUUCAAGGACCUUGUUCCUGGUGACAAGCUCAGACUAUCGGUUGACAAGGGAGGUUCGCUGGCCAAGUAA